CCUGAACACUCCGCUAACAGUGUAUGGCCAGGAGUGUGAUCGGCCCCACGAACAGUGAGUGGACAGGACGCGCAAGGGUCAAGAUAGAGAAAAAAAGUCGGUAAAAAGACACAAGGAAGGGAGACACCAGGAUAAGGAGAAACAGCCGCCCGUCUUUUGGUAAAAAAAAAAAAGAAAAGAAUGAGAGAGAAGAGGAAAAGUAUACGGGAACUCCUUUUCGGAACUUGUGAAGAUGAAGAGAGGCUGGGAGCCGCGCGUGACGACGCCCCGCAGCGGGACCGCGUGAGAGCGCUCGCGCAAGGGCUCCGAGGGGCACGGCGCGCGCGGGUGCCGGUGCGGCGUCCUCUUCUUCUUGCGUAAAGCGCACUUUUCCUGCGCGGGGUCCGCGCGCGUUCUGCGCGCUAUUCGCUUUUGAAUUUGAAUUGAAGAUCGCACAUGAUUUUUUCGGAGACGCUGCCGCGUUUAAUGGCGGUGCGCGCGCGCGCAGGGGGGAGACCGCGUGGAGAGCGGGAGGAACAAUAAAUAACCGCAAAAUGUGUCCAGGAUGGAAGUGACCCAGCUCAUAGUGACCGCGGCCAACUCCUCGAACAGCUCCAACAGCUCGAACCCGCGCCCCCUGCCCCACUCGCACGCGGCGGCGGCGCUCAUCAUCCUCGUGGUCACCAUCAUCAUCCUGGUGACCAUCGUGGGCAACGUGCUGGUGGUGGUGGCCGUGUUCACGAGCCGCGCGCUGCGCGCCCCCCAGAACCUCUUCCUGGUGUCGCUGGCGUCCGCGGACAUCCUCGUGGCCACGCUGGUCAUCCCCUUCUCUCUGGCCAACGAGGUCAUGGGCUACUGGUACUUCGGGAGCAAGUGGUGCGCCUUCUACCUGGCGCUGGACGUCCUCUUCUGCACCUCCUCCAUCGUGCACCUGUGCGCCAUCAGCCUGGACCGCUACUGGUCCGUGACCAAAGCGGUGAGCUACAACAUGAAGCGGACACCGCGCAGGAUCAAGUGCAUGAUCGCCGUGGUGUGGGUCAUCUCAGCCGUCAUAUCUUUCCCCCCGCUCAUUAUGACUAAGCACGACGAGCAGGAGUGCCUGCUCAACAACGAGACGUGGUACAUCCUCUCCUCGUGCCUGGUGUCCUUCUUCGCCCCCGGCGUGAUCAUGAUCCUGGUGUACUGUAAGAUCUACAGGGUGGCCAAGCAGCGCUCCUCCACGGUGUUCGUGGCCAAGAACGGGCUGGAGAGGCAGCCCUCGCAGUCGGAGACGUGCUUCGUGCGCAAGGUGGACAAGCUGGAGACGGAGAGUCCGAGCAGCCAGAGCUCCGGGAGCAACCAGCGCCAGGAGGAGCUGGACGACAUCGACCUGGAGGAGAGCUGCGGCUCCGAGAGCAAACCGCGGAACUCGCGCUUCUCCAAGAGGAGGAGAGCCGAGGGGGGCGACUGCUGCCCCAAACAGAACUGCCGCCUCUCCUGGGCUUCGAACCGAGCCUCGCAGGUCUUCCAGGAGCAGAAGGCUAGGCAGCAGUCCAUAUCCAAGACCAAAGUUGCGCAGAUGCGGGAGAAGCGCUUCACCUUCGUGCUGGCCGUGGUCAUGGGGGUCUUCGUGCUCUGCUGGUUCCCCUUCUUCUUCACGUACAGCCUGCACGCCAUCUGCAGGGAGAGCUGCACCAUCCCGGACGCGCUCUUCAACCUCUUCUUCUGGAUCGGAUACUGUAACAGUUCCGUGAACCCCAUCAUCUACACCAUCUUCAACAGGGAUUUCCGGAAGGCCUUUAAGAAGAUCAUAUGCAGGGCUGCGAAGCGCACCUAGCACCGUGUUCACCACCAAGGGAAGGAAGGGCUGCGAACUUCACGACCGGAUCGGCACCGGAUCGGCACCGGGCCGGCGGGGACUGUGUUCCGAACCUAGGACCGCGUUCAGCAUCCAGGAGCGUGUCUUGUAAGGCUGUGCUCAGUCGCUUAUGUUACCAUCGCGGCUCUGUGCCCUUAAUAAUUAAUUUCAAUGUGUCCUUCUGAAAAAUGUAAAUAUUUUCUGGGUCGGAACUAUGAGAAUAAUAAAAAACGGACAUGCCAAGUUCUGCACAUAAUAUGCGUCACAUUAAAGCCAUUAAAAGAGUUAUUGGACACUUGGGUCCACUGAGUCCCUAAGGAUUAAGAGGUCAGAGAAACUUCAAGAAGGUUCUCGCUGUUCGAUCACAUGAAUGGAAAGCAUUUGUUCUCUAAAAUGUUUACACGUUGGUACAUGUUUUAUGUAUUUGGGUGUUACACUGAGAUAAACUGCGCAGCUUUUU